UAGCUUCAACAAAAAUGAGUUUGACAAGUGCUUGCAUUGCAGCAGUAUUGCUCGGAUUAGUGGGAACCAUACAGGCAGAUUGCGAAAAAGGCCAACGCCAGGCAUGUGUCGACUGUUCAUCGUUUGUUCUAUGUUCGGCAAGUGGAAAUCCGGUAGCUGGAUCGCAGAAAAGAUGUGACGAAAUAGACAAAUCGAGGCCAUAUUGCAAAGAAAACUCUGGAAUAUGUACCGAUGAACCUUGCAAAGGAGAACCAAGCGAGUUGUGCCCCGAAGAAGGAAUUUUCCCCCAACCCACCAACUGUCGUCAAUAUAUUUAUUGCAACAAAGAUAAGGAAGCACUUAUUUUAAAUUGCAACUCGAACUGGGUUUAUAACCAUACUUCGGGAGAUUGCGUACCGCCAAGAAUUCCAGCAGACUGCUUUCAAAUAAAUUGUGUCGCAGGAAAGAAUCGAUACUGGGCGUACACCCCGGAUCCUAAAAUAUACUUUUACUGCGCCCCUGAUGGUCCAAUGACUCUUCAAUGUCCCGGUGAGCAUGACGGUUUCAACGAUAAACUGAUCCGAUGUGAAUUCCUAUGUCCUCGGGAGGGAAGAUUUGAGUAUCCAGGUGAUCACACUAAGUACUACAGCUGCCAAAAAAGUGGUGGAAAGCUCACAGCGACUGUUGUGCAAUGUCCAGAUGGGUUAAUAUUCGUUAAAGAACUGGAAAGAUGUGUUCUUAUACCUAGACCACCUACAUCUACUGGUAUUCUAGAAUAA